AUGGCAGAGCUAGACUCUGUCGAACAACGAGAGCAUGAUUCGCUCGCCCAAAACGGCUCAUCCGACGAUGUCAAGGCCGCCGACGGCGGCGCCGAAAAUGUAGGCGGACCGCCGCCGAAGAAGAGGAGGAGGGUUGCGAAGCCAAACCCAGACAAAAAAUUCGAGUGCAAACACGAGGGUUGCGGUAAAAGCUACUCUCGUGCUGAGCAUCUCUAUAGGCACCAACUAAACCAUACUCCCAAGACCAUCUAUCGUUGCGAUUAUCCCGAUUGCAGUAGGUAUUUUCUCCACAAGCGGGAUGCCUUCGCUCAAUCUACCUCGAAUAACCAGAUUAUACCUGCGAUGGCACCCCAACAGCACCUUGGCCAGCCUCAAACUUAUCCAAUGGCUGCUCCUAGCGUCAAGAGCGCUCAAGAGAGCCAGCCUCUCGGCCCGCCACAGGGACAUCUAAUCGAUAAUCACCACUACGGACAGCAACCUCAUAUUGCCAAUAAUACUGGGCCUACCUCGGUGGCGUCCACCGAACAAAGAUUUCAUCAUCCCGCGCCGCAAAAUACUGUUCCCAGGCCGGAACCCUCGGUACAUCGCACCGGUAGCAUGGGUAGCAACACAAUGAGUCCACCGCAGAAACAGGAGAGCUGGUCUUCGGUUGUCCGAAGACAAAGUUUCAGCAAUGCGGAGCAGAGAGGAGAGCAGGGUGCCUAUGCGCAGCAGGCGCAAGGAAGAGACAGGAACUCGGGGCAGAAUGUCCCACCAUCGCCGGUUCGGCAAUAUUCCGGCACAUCCGGGCCUCCUAUGCAGCCUGUGCGAACACAAUCCGACGGUACCAUGGACAGAAAUGCAUUGAAUAACGGCUAUAUGCAGUCUGUCGAUAUGGCUUCCGCUGCUGCGUACUCUACUGCAGGCUACCCAUCUGCCGGCGUGUCGCGAACGGCCGACGCUGCGUUUGCUGCUGCGGUUUCACAUGGGUUGACGAGGAAUGAUCCAUUCCCAUACUCUUUGCUCAAUACCAGCAUGUCAAACGUGGAUAUCAGCACUGGUUUUGGCUUUCCGGUUUUUGGCGGAGAUGAAUUUACUCAGACGCCAUUCGCUAUGGACGAUUUUACGCAGUGGCUCUUCAACGAUGCCCAAUCCGGUUCUAACGGCUUCUCGCCACCCAAUUACGUCCCUGGUUAUAGUGGCCACGAUCAGCAGCAAGCUCAAGGUCCGUAUUUCUCUCAAAGUCCUUCAUCAUCUGGCAAUAACUACUCUACAAGCGCCGGCCUACAACACCCCAUGAGCGUUACCAGCAUUCUAGACUCAACAGUCACUAGUCAAUACAUAAUGUCUGAGUCCAAGCGUCACGAGCUCCUCGAUCUGAUGCAAACCCAAUUUGUCGAACGUCCACACGAUGCGGUGAAAAAACGAAAGGACUCCGUGUUUGAGGGUGACCUUGACAGUGACGGUCAUAUCUUGAGUUUGCGAAUGAUGCACACUUAUAUUGGUUCCUAUUGGUACCACCAACAUGCGCAGUUACCCAUUUUGCACAAGCCGACUUUUUCUGCCGAUCUGACGCCCAACCUUCUGCUACUCAUGGUCAUCGCCAUUGGCGCCGCGACAUUGGACAAAGCGUACGGCACGACUUUGACCGAUUCUGCGGCGGAGUUUGCCAAUUUCGUUGUUUGGCACCUCCGUUGGGAAAUUGUCCGAGAUGUCGAUUUCAGACCUCCUGCAAAGCUCUGGGUCUUCCAGACUCUUCUACUUAUUGAGGUAUAUGAGAAGAUGUAUGCGACACGGGCGCUGCAUGAAAGAGCCCAUAUUCACCACGACUCGACCUUGACCCUCAUGCGCCGCGGCAGUUCCCUUCUCGGGCGUUCAGCAUCCGAUUCCCCGCCUAGUCUCCGAGGAGAGCAGGACAAUGGGCGGAUAUCGGUACCGUUUACUGGAGCGGAGGCCUCCAAAUCCGAAGAUUCCUGGCAUCGAUGGAUCACUACCGAAGCAACACGUCGUGCCGCGUUCGGAGCAUUUGUGCUUGAUUCUAUUCAUGCAACGAUGUUUGGUCAUGCCGCGAAGAUGGUUGCACAUGAGAUGCGGUUGCCUCUACCUUGUGAUGAAGGCCUCUGGUCGGCUGUCUCCCCUUCCGAGGCUGCUCGAGUUCAAUCCUCGUUACAGACCAAUGGGAUUAAGCCAAUAAUGUUUCUUGAAGGCCUCAAGAGAACGCUAAACGGGCAGAGAGUCCGCACCAAUUCUUUCGGCCGUACCAUCAUCAUGGCGGGUCUUCUCUCCGUCUCGUGGCAUAUGACUCAAAGAGAUUUACAAAUUUCCUCCCUUGGGCCGCGGACGGCAAACUCCUUUGGCGGACCAGACAAGUGGAAGGGCGUUCUGUUGCGUGCAUUUGACAACUGGAAGCGAGAUUUUGACGAGGCUCUGGCUGAAGCCACUCCGGCCCCUUCCUCCCCGUUGCGGACUCCAGUUGCGCCUCCACACCCGAUUUUACGCCCGGUCGAUGAUGAAAACAUCUUUGAGUCACGAACAGUGCUCCACCAUCUUGCACAUAUUGCCGCCCAUGUCGAUGUUGUCGAUUGCCAAGUCUUUGCUGGCGCAAAUAGACUUCUCGGGCGCUCAAUCACACCAAAGGAUUACAGUGUAGUUCGCGAAAAGAUCGAGCGAUGGGCGACAAAAGCCUCGGCAAGAGAUGCAGCAUUCUAUGCUCUCAAAUUUAUCGUUCAGGUUCUCAUUCCACCGGACGGCGAUGGGCUGGAUGGGAUCAGCGGCCGCUUGUAUGGCCACGCCAGCCCAAUCCUUCCUCAAGCAUUCGAGCACAACCAAUAUAUCGCCCGUGAUGACUUUCUGUUGAAUCGCCCUUGGGUGUUGUACAUAUCAGCCCUCGUUGUCUGGUGUUACGGUUUCGCGCUAGAAGGCCCGAUCAAGCCCCCGCCUACCGAAGCGGAAUUCAAAACCUAUGAGCAAAAGGAGCGAGACAUGAGGCAAUAUCUUGAAAGAGUCGCCGGCGUUCGGGCACCUGAUGAUCUUGAAAACGUAAAAGGCAAGAACCGAUGCCUUGGCUUACUCAUGAUUUUGAAGGAGUCUUUCGAGAGCACAAGAUGGGAGCUCACGCAUGAAGCUGCAGGCUUACUGGGCAAUGCCUGUUCCAAACUGAGAGGCGUCGACGAAGAUAAAAUCGUGGGCCCUGGCAGUCUAGCCAGAGACGAUCCCAAUCUGGCAUCAAACGGUUAUUUCUAUGCAAGCUCCAACGGUCACGUCCACGGCAACCUUCAUCGUGAAAACAGUCGAGAGCAUGUAACUGUCGCCAACGCAGCCAAGAUCUAG